GCAGGCAUUUUUUGACGCAGAAAUAAAGAAAAUGAAUGUAAAAAAUGCAUACUUUCCUCUAUUCGUAACAGAGAAUGUUCUUCAGAAGGAGAAGAAUCAUAUUGAGGGUUUUGCUCCAGAGGUUGCCUGGGUUACUAAGUCUGGACAGAGUGAUCUGGAAGUACCUAUUGCCAUUCGUCCAACAAGUGAAACUGUGAUGUAUCCAUAUUUUUCUAAGUGGAUAAGAGGCCACAGAGACUUGCCAUUGAAGCUAAACCAAUGGUGUAAUGUUGUACGAUGGGAGUUUAGUCACCCCACUCCUUUUAUAAGGAGUAGGGAGUUUCUUUGGCAAGAAGGUCAUACAGCGUUUGCAACAAAAGAAGAAGCAGACAAGGAGGUUCUUGAGAUAUUGGAAUUAUAUCGGAGAAUUUAUGAGGAAUACCUUGCUAUUCCAGUGGUAAAAGGAAAGAAAAGUGAGCUAGAAAAAUUUGCUGGUGGCCUUUAUACCACAAGUGUUGAGGCUUUUAUUCCAAAUUCAGGUCGUGGAAUACAAGGUGCCACUUCACAUUGCCUCGGUCAAAAUUUUGCAAAGAUGUUUGACAUAGAUUUUGAAAAUGAGAAGGGGGAGAAAGCGAAGGUCUGGCAGAAUUCUUGGGCAUACAGCACUCGCACGAUUGGAGUUAUGGUGAUGGUUCAUGGAGAUGACAAGGGUCUGGUGCUACCGCCCAAAGUUGCCGCUGUCCAAGUCAUUGUCAUUCCUGUACCUUACAAAGAUGCAGACAUGCAAGCUAUCUUUGCAGCCUGCUCAUCAACAGUUCAAAUAUUGCGAGUUGCAGGGUUCAGCGCUGAACAUGAUUUGAGGGAAAAUUAUUCACCUGGUUGGAAGUAUUCUAACUGGGAGAUGAAAGGUGUUCCCCUGAGAAUUGAAAUUGGGCCCAAGGAUAUUGCAAAUAAGCAGGUACGUAUUGUACGGCGUGAUACUGGAGCUAAAACAGAUAUACCCAUAGCCAGCUUGGUUGAACAUGUCCAAGAUAUGUUAUCCAGUAUCCAAGAUAACUUAUUCAAUAUAGCAAAAGCAAAAAGAGAUGCAUGUAUAGAGGUUGCCCAUACAUGGGAGGAAUUUAUGGCAGCACUCAAUGACAAAAAGUUGAUCUUGACUCCCUGGUGUGAUGAAGAGGAAGUUGAGAAAGAUGUAAAAACACGCACAAAAGGUGAACUUGGUGCUGCUAAGACAUUAUGUACUCCUUUUGAUCAACCAAAUCUUCCUGAAGGGACUCUCUGCUUUGCAUCAGGGAAGCCAGCCAAGAAGUGGACUUAUUGGGGUCGAAGCUAUUAAUUUGAAUCAUUUGUUGAAUUUACAAUGCAAAUUUUCCUGCUUGUAGAUCGUAAAUAGUGUCUCAUGAGGGAGAAUUAUUACGUGCGGAGUCCGUAUGACGAGAAUCAUCUGGAUUUGUUGCGUACUUAAUAAGUAUUUGUUGCAUAUUUAUAAAUACUCAACAAAUAUUCAGUUGUGAGUAUUAUUGAUUAUUUUAUGAGUA